AUGGCGGCGGCGGUGGGUUGCCUCGUUUCCUACGGCAGCGACUCAGAUUCGGAAAAUGAGUCUGAAUCCGCUACCAGUCCACAGAAAGUCGACCCGGACGCCCUCGCUCAUCUACAACCUUUAAAAUCGACCAGUCUCAUGACUGUAGCCGUCCUGGAUUCAGCUCCUGAAGUCGCUGUUAAGGAGGAUGUUGAGACGGGUGUGCAUCUGGAUCCAGCACUCAAGGAAGUCAAUUAUAACCCUACAUAUGAUACCAUGUUUGCUCCAGAGUUUGGACCAGUUAACCCAUUCAGAAGCCAGCAGAUGGCUGCGCCGAGAAACAUGCUGUCUGGUUUCGCAGAACCGGCUCACGUCAACGACUUUAUGUUUGAGCAGCAGAGGAGAACGUUCUCUACGUUUGGUUACGCUCUGGACCCGUCCGUGGACACCAGUGAGGUCUCGGCCAGCAGUUACAUUGGAGCAAUAGACGAGGCAGAGAAAAACAAAGGGCUAACCGUGUUUGAGACCGGACUGAAGAAAUCAGAGAAGAGGAAGAAGGUGAAAGGCGGAGAUGCGUCAGAAAUCGACAGUUUCCUGGGACCCUGGGCCAAAUACCAGGAUGAGAAAGAUGUGGCCAAACCCUCAGAGGAUGAGCAGAAAGAGUUGGAUGAGAUCACCGCAAAGAGACAGAAGAGAGGAAAGAAUGAAGAAGAAGCUCCAGCGGAGGAGAAGACCAUCUUACACAUUAAAGAUGCGUAUGAUUAUCAAGGCCGCUCGUACCUGCACAUUCCACAGGACGUGGGCAUCAACCUGCGAUCUGCAGACAUACCAGACAAAUGUUUCUUACCUAAGAAACAGCUGCACGUCUGGACCGGACACACCAAGGGUGUCAGCGCGAUACGUUUGUUUCCUGUAUCUGGUCAUCUGCUGCUCUCCUGCUCCAUGGACUGUAAAAUCAAGUUGUGGGAGGUUUAUAACGAUAGAAGAUGUGCACGGACAUUUAUCGGUCACAGUAAAGCUGUACGGGAUGUGUGUUUCAAUAACACCGGCACACAGUUCCUCAGCGCCGCCUACGACAGAUAUCUCAAACUCUGGGACUCGGAGACUGGCCAGUGCAUCUCCCGCUUCACAAACAGAAAAGUUCCCUACUGCGUGAAGUUCAACCCCGAUGAAGACAAACAGAACCUGUUUGUUGCAGGAAUGUCAGACAAAAAGAUCGUCCAGUGGGAUAUCCGCUCUGGCGAGGUCGUACAAGAAUAUGACCGACAUCUGGGUGCCGUCAACACCAUCACGUUCGUGGACGAUAGCCGACGAUUCGUCAGCACCUCAGACGACAAAAGUCUGCGUGUGUGGGAGUGGGAUAUACCUGUGGACUUCAAAUACAUCGCUGAGCCCAGUAUGCAUUCAAUGCCCGCAGUCACACUCUCACCCAAUGGUAAAUGGUUGGCUUGUCAGUCGAUGGACAAUCAGAUCCUGAUAUUCGGAGCGCAGAAUCGAUUCCGUCUCAACAAGAAGAAGGUGUUCAAGGGUCACAUGGUGGCGGGAUAUGCCUGUCAGGUGGACUUCUCCCCGGAUAUGAGUUAUGUUGUAUCUGGUGAUGCUGAUGGAAAGUUGAAUAUCUGGGACUGGAAGACCACAAAACUGUACCACCGGAUCAAAGCGCAUGAUAAAGUUUGCAUCAGCGCACUCUGGCAUCCUCGCGAGACCUCAAAGGUCAUCACCUGUGGCUGGGACGGACAGAUCAAACUCUGGGACUAAACGACGAACACUUUCAGGCAUUUCAGGCCAUUUGCUAUUUUUUUUUUAUCUUUUCAUCCUCAAGUUUCCUUCUCAUCCACACUGUUACUGUCAACUGAUCUUUAACACUGAUGUGAUUGGGUAUAUUGGGCUGGUAUCCAGUCACGCACACAUGCAAACACAACAGAGACUUUACCUGUUGUGGAUGCAGGCUGUGAUCUUUUAAUGUCAUUUUUGUUUUUUGUUUUAUCUUGAUUGAACAUGUAAGCAUCGCUUUAACUGCAUCUCCAGUGUCUCGGAUUGCAUUUUGAUGAUAAUA